UUAAUUGGGCUUGCUUACACUUUCAGAGAUUAAGUCCAUUAUCAUCAUAGCAACUCAUAGGUAGACAUGGUCCUGGAGAAGCUGAGCGUUCUAUACCCAGAUUCACAGGCAACAGGAAGAGAAAAGCCUCUGGAGAUGUUUUUUCCAUUGAAGUUCCCUCUUCCAAAAUGAUUCUAGCCUGUGUUGAGUUGGCAUAAAAACUAGCCAACAUAUGUGGAGAAGUGCAACUGGGAAAGAGGAAUCUGAUUUAGUGCUAAUAUGCUAAUAGACCAAGUAAAGAACCCAACAAGAGAAAGGUUUGUCUAGACUCUUGGCCUCUCUCUUCAUCUGCCCUGCUCUGAAUUCAUACGGCAGGACACUUUCUACAAUGGGAGUCCUGUGAUGAAUGUUAAAUGAGGGGGGAAGAUGGCUCUGCCCUGGACAAUAUUACUGACUCUCUUGGGUAUCUACAUCCAAGGAGCUCACACAUGGUGUUCGGAAACGGAUAAACUCGACAUUGAUCAAGCAGUCAGUGACCCUGACACAUUGAAGUUUGCUUUGAGUGAAUUCCACAAGCAGAGUAAGGAUGAAUAUGCCUACAGGCUGAUACACAUCAUGAGUUUCUUUAAAGUACAGGAAGAACCACCACAAACUUUCUUCAUGAAGCUGAGGCUGACAAGAACCAUCUGUAAGAAAUUCGAGAAAAACCUAGACACCUGCCCCUUACCUGAACUGGAAUAUGUCCUCAUCUGUUCCUUCAGCAUCAGCAGCCCAGGCUCAAAACAGUUCAAUCUGUUGAAGAUGACUUGUUCUGAGGGACUUCUCUGACUGAGAUCCACCACAAAGAUCUACAUACAGCACUGAUCCAGGCCUGCUCCUUUUUCUAAAGAUACCUGCCAUUCACAGCAAUCAGCAAUUACAGGCUUAAGAAGCUCUGCAAGUGUCUGUGCUUUCAUGUCCUGGCAUUUUAGAAAUGUUCCUCUACACAGAUUCAUCAUAUAGAUUAGAUCUUUAGACACCAGCACGCAAUAAGAUUUGUGGGCUCUGGGCAUGAGGGUGGACGCCGAGCACUUAGUGGAGUAAUCUCAGCAAGGUAGCUUAGUGGCCAUCCUUGUAGACCAAGAGCUGUCCCAGAUACUACCAUUAAGGUCCAUCUGAGCUCUGGUCUCAUGACACAUAUGGUCAGAGAUAUGAAUGAUUGUUACCUGUCCCCCCUACCAGGGCAUCACAUGUACAUUGUCUUUGCUCUUGAGGACAUUCCUCACAUAUCUCUUCCCAGGUCUCUGAAGUUGGUGCAUGGAGGUUGGACUGUAGCCUCACUCUUCAGGGAGUGGUUCCCCAACAAAGAACAGCAGCAGCAUCUGUUUGGCACCAA